UCUUCAGUCAUGUAUAAAACGGAAAUUCCCAACCCGAUCUUUCUGAUCUGAAGAUUCGAAUGGAAAACUUUUGGGAAAAGAAGGGCAAUGUUGAAAAAUGAUUGGUUUUGGAAAUAUUUUGAAAGUAAUCAACCCCUGUAAAUUUGUUUUGUGUUUAUACUAUUGGCGAUCACAGUUUUCUGUAAUAAGGACAUCGUAACACCUUCUGCAAAGAAUCCAGAAAUCUUCAGACUAUGAAGACCUGAGUGCUUGCGAGUGAACACCUGUUCCAUGGGCUGUCAACCAACCAAAGAUUCUGGGGUGAAGAAGCCGAAAAAGCAGCCUUAUCUCUUGCAAGAGAUCAAAGACCAUAAGGGAGGCAUCAACUGUAUGGUACUGAGUGACGAUGGCUCAUUGCUCAUCACCGGUUCGGACGAUAAGACCGCGCGCAUGUGGAGUACCCUCUCAGACCCUACAGAAUGCUUGGGAGUCCUGGAAGGGCAUGAUGGUUAUAUUACAUGCGUUGCUGUGCAUGAGCAAUGCGUGAUCACAGGAUCAUCAGACGCUACUAUCCGCAAGUGGUUCAUAGCCACUGCUGAGUGCUUGGCCAUCUACACAGGACACACUUCUAGGAUAUCUCGCCUCCUUUGCGUAGGACAACUUAUCUUUUCAACUUCUAGUGACCAUACUAUACGAGCUUGGCUAUUUGACCUUAGAGAGAUAUCCGAUGAUCAAGGCGAGGCAUGCAUUAAAGUCUUUGAGGGUCACUCAAAAGGAACCUACCCUCUUCUUCACAUUCCUAUGGAUGAAAAUGCUGGCCUCGAUCUGGGUGCUGGAGUUUUAGUCACGGGUUCAGCGGACUGUACAGCAAGAUCGUGGUCUGUCGAUUCAGGUCUCUGUUUGAAAAUUUUUCGUGGCCAUACUGCGCCCCUGAACUGCCUAGCUUACGAUGACCAGAAGGAGGUGCUGUAUACUGCAAGCGGAGAUGGACUUAUCAAAAGUUGGAAUUUGAUGACUGGGGAAGCCAUGAGGGUGCUCAGAGGGCAUGAAGGACCAGUAUUUUGUCUUUUGAUCCAUAAAAGAAUGCUUUAUUCCGGGAGCUCAGACAAAAGUGCACGUUCCUGGGUCCUGGAAUUCGGAGAAUGUACCCGGAUAUACAGCGGACACAGACACACAGUGUCUUCUAUUCGUCAUUUUGAUGGAAUGCUAUACACUGGAUGUGGCGACACUAUAGCCAGGAUGUUUGAAGCCAAAUCCGGAACACUCAAGAGGACCUUUAAAGGUCAUGAAAAUGCAAUCGUUUGUGUUGAGGUGGUUCCAGGCAAAUUGUUCUCCGGUUCUUACGAUGGCAGCCUUCGAGUCUGGAACACAACAGGUGUGAAAGACGAAACCGUUUUUGGCACUGAGGUAAAUGAGAAAGACCCAAGAGAAGAUGAGAUAGAAGAAGAUAGCGAGGAAGUGAAAAAAGCUGUCAAAUCCUUGGAUCCUUAUCUGACAUAUUAAUUCUUAGAGAUUCUAAUAAAUUUAUAUUUUAACUUCUUACGAAA